UUCAGAUCAUGAAGUCUGAAAAUCCGUCUUUCUAUUUUAAAUUCGUAUUCUAUAAAAAACUGACACACACCCAAAGUGAUUUCCUUUAUAUUGGGUCCUCCUGUUUCUGCCAUUGAUUUCCAUUUACAUUCUCUCCUCUCUCAUUUCAUCUCUUUUGUUUCCUACCCUCAAUUUUUCCAAGCAAUUGUUCUAUAAACUGGGUAUUAAAGGCCUAUCAAAGUCGCCGUACAUAUAUAUAUAACUUCUCAAAGUGAACAAUAAAAGGGGUAUAAAGUGUCUUGUUGUUUAUAGAAGUGAAUGGCAGAGGUUUGCCGUGGUGUUGUACCUGAAACUGAUUCAUCGCCGUCGCCGCCGUGUGAGAGUCAUUCACGGGUGGCGAGAAGGCGGAGAAUGGAGCUUCGUAAGGUAAAGUUCGUAACUCCACCUGAAACAGAGAACGGAAUAAAACGUCCAAAAUUAAGGAUUUAUUCAAGAUUUUGUGAUAACGCUGUGGAAAAUUCUUGUAGUGAUGAGGAAAACCAACUGAGAUUAUUAGUGACUAAUAAAGGGUCACCGCCAACUAUUAUUGUGGCUCCAAUUUUGAGUCCUUUGAAUUGUACUUCUCUUCUUGUUCAGUCAGUGGCAUGUCCAAAGUUCGGUUUUGCGUCUGUUUGUGGACGGAGAAGAGAUAUGGAAGAUGCCGUGGCGAUUCAUCCUUCUUUUCUCCAAAUGGAACAAGAGAAUAGUGGAGAUUUGCAUUAUUUUGGCGUCUAUGAUGGUCAUGGUUGCUCUCAUGUGGCGACGAAGUGUAAAGAGAGGUUACACGAGUUGGUCAAGGAAGAGUUGGAGAAUAACGAAGGAAAUGAUGAAUGGGAGCUUGCAAUGGACCGAAGCUUCCAUCGUAUGGAGAAAGAAGUGAUUGCAUGGAAUAAGACGGUUACUCGAGCUACAUGCCGAUGCGAAAUGCAAACACCGGAAUGUGACGCUGUUGGUUCAACUGCGGUAGUCGCAGUUGUAACGCCCGACAAGAUUAUUGUCGCGAAUUGUGGUGAUUCCAGAGCUAUUCUUUGCCGAAAUGGCAAAGCUAUCCCUCUUUCUAACGAUCAAAAACCCGAUCGUCCAGAUGAGCUAAACCGGAUCCAAGAAGCUGGUGGUAGAGUAAUUUAUUGGGAUGGCCCUCGCGUUUCAGGGGUUUUGGCCAUGUCUAGAGCCAUUGGUGAUAAUUAUUUGAAGCCAUAUGUAAUAUGUGAGCCAGAGGUGACGAUAACGGAUCGAACGGCAGAAGAUGACUGUUUGAUUCUGGCAAGUGACGGAUUGUGGGACGUAGUCUCAAACGACACUGCAUGUGGCGUUGCCGGGAUGUGCCUGAAAGGGAAGGCACCGCCAGUAUCGAGCGCGCCAGCAUCUAUGCCGGAAAAUGGACCCGUCGGCGUGGUGAAUUCCGACCAGGGUUGCUCUGAUGCUUCAAUGCUUUUGACUAAACUAGCCCUCGCGAGGCGGAGUUCCGACAAUGUCAGCGUUGUCGUGGUUGAUCUGAGGAACAACACGUAAUAGCAU